AUGGCCUGUUUUCCAAGCAGGUUGUAUGAAUCGAUGAGAUACCUACUGUUAGUGCUUUGUACAUUGAUUUUUAUUAGUGGCUUUGUGCUUGUGGGCUUGGGUGCAUGGAUCAUUUAUGGAGCCAGCACCUUGGUGUAUGCCCUGGGCCCUUACUCAGUUCAACUCAAUAUGAGCUACAUCUGCAUUGGCAUGGGAGCCGUGCUCAUUUUCACCAGCCUCACUGGAAGUUGUGGGGCUUGGAAAGAGAACCGCUGCUGCCUCAUGCUGUUUUUCUUCAUUUUGACAGCUGUUUUUGUCGCAGAAGUGGUGGGCACCAUUUUUGUCUGGGUUUACAGAGAAUUGGUGGGGCUGGUGGUGUGGCGGGCCACUAAGGAGUCUCUACAGAAGCUGUAUAUGGGCCCAGCUGCAGCAGACCCCAUCUCUGCUGCAUGGAACACCAUCAUGAUCAAAUUCAAAUGCUGUGGUUUUGAGAAUUCUACAGAGGAUUUCACAAAUUCAGCGUUUAGCCAGGCCACGGGACUUAAUUACCCUAAAACGUGCUGCAUCGAAAAGACGUCGCCAGCCUGUGAUGGGUUAAACCUAGCACCUGAUGUCAUUCAGCCUCAGAGCUGCUAUAAGAAGGUGAUAUCAGUAAUCCGAGACAAAAGUGCAGUUCUGGGAGCUGCAGCAGGCACCAUAUGUGUAAUUGAGCUGGCCGCUAUUAUUCUCACAAUGCUUCUCUUUGUGAAGUUGGGGGUGAUGCAGAGACAGGAGAGAGACAUUUCGUGGCAGAAAACCAAACGCCGGCGACGCCGAGGAGGAGCCAAAGACCUUUUCUUUUUCUGUUCCCGGAGAAACGACGACAGCAGCUUGAGCAGUCACUGGACAAGCCCCGCUGGACACACACCAGUCCACACCUUCUUCUUCCUCCUCCUCUUCAUCGUCCAAGUAGUUCGCUCUGUAGUCGUCGAGAAAACCCCUCAAACUCAAUGCGCCUCGUUUGUUUGUCCACGGGAAUCAUCGCCAGCCCCGUUCUCUGAAGGCAUCCGCGGUUUGGAGAGCGACACUCCUUUCUGA